UCUGUGGUUUUAUUAUUAUUGAUUAAAUGUAAUCAAUUAAAUGAAUUUUUCCAAUUUGAAACUGUGUUGUACAGUAAUCUAAAAGAACCCUGUCGCGUUAGUAUUACCAUUUCAUUUUUUAGAGUAGCUGACUGUAAUAAAGACAGGAGUUAAAAUGGAUCUGGAGUUUGGUCAACAUCAAUUUUUGAAGAAAGACACUUCCUGUCCCCUCAAUUCAACCGCUAUAGAAAGAAUAAUAGCAAGAGGGUUAAAACAGAAUAUCCGUAAUGAAAUUGCAAUCGAGCCAUUUUUGUCCAUGGUCAACUUUGAAUCUGAAAACUUCAGUCCGGAUGUGGAUCCCACUAGAGCCUGCCUGGCUUUUGGAGAUCGGGCUAUUCCUAAAAUAAAAAGAGAGUUGCUGAGCAAAGAUAAGACGAUAGCUAAGAGAGCCCUCAGUUCACUACUGGAUGUUGUCCAUGAUCCUGAACAGGCUGUAGAGGCGUUAAGGUUGCAAAUCAUACCACGACUCGUCAGACUACUGUCGUCGGACGACGUGUUUGUCCGCCAACAUGUUCUUAUGGUGCUGCAAGUGCUGUCAAUGCAGCCAGGCGCGAAACUGACGAUCGUCAAGAAUCAGCCAAUCAUGUCAAGCCUCUCCGUUCUCAUGAUGGACUCUGAUCGUAAUGUUAGACUGAAUGCAGCAAAAACGUUGCUAGCUCUUGCAGCAUGGUACUUUGGAGUUGAAGAACUGAUUAAAGAUUACUAUGUGUACUUAGUCAUCAAUCAACUUGAAACUGAGCUAGACAAUGAGAUUGCAGUGGCACUGAUGCAAACACUGAUUUUACUACUUGAUCACAGCAAUGAAGCAAAGUACCAAGCAAUGACACACAGAGCUGUCGAGCUCUCAGUUUAUCUUGAUCAUACAGAAGCUCAGCUGAGAGCUUUGGGGUGUGAGCUCGUAGCUCAACUUGCCAGACUGCCAGAAGGAAAAGAGGAGAUAGUCUUGCACAGAUGCGACAUUCUCGCCAAGUUGACUUGCCUGCUUGACGAUGAGAUUGAAGAGGUGCAAAAUCACUCUGCUGAAGCCCUCAUGUUUGUGCUUGUAUCAAAAUCAAUUAAGAACCACUGUUUGAAAAAUCUCCCGAUAAUGUGCAAACUCCUUCGAUGUGCUCAGUAUUUCAGAGCACCAGGCUUGCAGAUGAAUGCACUCAAAGGACUGACCUGUUUGGCUGAACAUCCUCAGGCCAGAGAGUUUCUAGUUCACAAAAUAAACGAAAUUGAAGCCAUCAGAGUCGCCAACCAACUGGUGGACAGCCAUAAAAAGAUCCUUCUAACGACCAUAAGAACAGUAAUAUAGAUUGGUGGGAGAAAACGUCAAAAUUAACAAUAAAAUUGCUAGAAGCGAUAUUUACAUAAUUGAAAAUUGAAUUAUCCUAAUGAUUAUAGGGUGGGAGCUUUAAAGUUUUAACUCACUAAAUCUUAAUUAUAUUUUAGUCUCUUCAAAAA